AUGCAAAGGGUUUUGAAGGCUCGCCAGCUCGUUAGGGUUUUGAGAAACUCGUCGUCUCCGAUUUUGCUCAAUUCAGUGUCACGAAUUCAAUCCCAUUGUACCUAUGAAGCUACUGAAUCAUGUCUCAACUCUUCUUCACGGCGUGGUUACUUUACCUCUGGUACUACAAUUAAUGGAAAUUAUAUGCAAACAGAAUGCAAUAUUCGGAGAAAUGUAUGUCAAUGUGAGAAAUGCUCUAGUAUGCUCAAGGCAUCAUUUUCUACAGAAGCAGGGGCAGUUGAAAGUAGUAGUGCGACAGAGUCCGUGAAGGAACUGUAUGACAAGAUGCUGAAAUGUGUCGUGGAACAAAGAUCAGCUCCGCCAAAUGCCCGGUUGUGGUCCCUAAUACAAAGUUGUGCGAACCGUGAAGAUGUUAAUCUUUUACACGACAUUUUGCAGAGACUUCGGAUAUUUGUUAGUCUCAUUUGCUCGUCUGAUG